GUAUAAUAGGUUUGGCGCACACCUACUCGUGCGUCAUGUUUAACUCGAUUGCCUUCAUACUGCGCUCGCUAGUUAGUCCAUUACUGAACAUCGUGCGCCCUCUCUUCCGCGGAGGCGCUCGUUCAGAACCCCCACCAUCCGCUCGAGCAAGAGCGAGAGCGCAGUUACAAAAGACCACUGCAGCUUCAACCCCCAAACAGUCGCAAUCGAAGCAGCAGCCGCGCAAUCCCAAACAGCCCAUGGAGCCAGCGACCGCCUCCCCAGCUGUUGAGGAGAAGUCGAAACUAGCGGAGCAAGCGACGGCAAAGGGCGAGCUCUCUUACUCUUACUGGGCUGGCAAAGGGGGCGGAGGCGUGCCUCUGCCUGAGCCUCGGAAACUCACGGACCAGGAGAAGGAGGAGCUGGAGCGCCAAGCCAGUGCCAAUGGCGCAUCUGCAUGGAACGCGGCGGGUACCUUUGAGGAGCGUAACGCCAGCGCCUGGGCCAAGGCCCGGCUGAAGGAGCUGCUGGUGGGGCUGCGGCUGGCGGGCGGGGAGGUGGAGGUGCUGGACGUGAACAGCUGCGAGGGGGAGGCCAACAUAUUCCUGGUCCGGGGGAAGAAGAGGUGCGGCUUCGACUUUGAGCUGCAGCUUGCUUGGAAGGCGGUGCCGCGACCUGGGGCUGUGGAGAUACGGGGACACUGCAAGGUCCUCAACUUCUCCUCCGACGACCCGGACGACCUGGAGGUGCGACCCGAGGUGGGUGCCCGGCAGCCGGAGCGGGCAGCUGACGAGGCGGCUGCGAUGGCGCGGGUGAAGGCGGUGUUGCAACCCGAGUUGGUGCGGGUGUUGGGGCAGCUGCUGGAGGAGCUGAAGCAGAAGUAGGGGAG